AUGACUCCAAAAGAUCUGGGUGGACUAGGUAUGGGUUCGCUUCGGGAGGCAAAUGUCGCUAUGUUGUCAAAGUGGUGGUGGAGGUUUAAGGUGGACCAGCAAAGCCUCUGGAGGAAAGUGGUUUGGAGCAUUCACGCAGCCUCAAGGUCGUGGAAUUAUAUCCCAGUUAAACUGUCUCUCGCAGGUCCAUGGAAGCAACUUGGAAAAAUUGGGGAAGACUUGAUGAAGGCCGAUAUUGAUGUCCAAAAACUAAUCAAGGUUCGACCGGGUGUGGGUUCAAAAGUAUGUUUCUGGACAGAUUGGUGGACCGUAGAUGAGCCGUUAUGCAGGAAAUUUCCAGAACUGUUUGGAUUGGAAAGGAAGAAACAAGUAACGGUUGAAGAAAGAUACGGGACGACAAAUGGUGAGACAUACUUGACGUUCGACUGGACGCGACAGCCAAGUUCGGAUACGGAAACAAACGAACUAGCGACUCUCUUUGGGAUGAUAGCGGGAUUCAAUAGUUUGUCCGGAACUGAUAUAUGGGAAUGGUCAUUGGAAUCCUCAGGCAUUUUUUCGGUUCGUAGCAUAAAAAGACGGUUGCAAGUGGCUACAUUUGAAGACCUAGGAAAUGGCUUUCAAUGGAAUAAGCUGGUGCCCAUAAAAGUGAACUUUCUUGCAUGGAGACUAAGCCUUAAUAGACUACCUACAGUGGAUAAUUUGGAAGCUAGAGGGCUGCAAGUUGGAUCGAGUAUGUGUUCUUUCUGCGGGCUACAGCGAGAGACGGCGGAACACUUGUUUGUUUCGUGCAGAUUGUCUCAAGUAGUGUGGGAUUUCGUAGCUACAUGGUGCAAGUUAUAUGGCUUCUUCAUGUUCGGUGUUACGGAUUUAAUUAGCUACUACAAGAAAGCUAGAGGAUCGGAAAAAUGGAGGAGUUUAGUUUAUUUGGUGAUCCAAACCGCGGUUUGGUGUAUAUGGAGGAGUCGAAACGAGGCUAUAUUCAGAAGGAAGCAGCCUACUUUGGAGCGGAUCAAGAACGAGAUUACAGCAAUGGGUUAUCUUUGGUAUAAAAGCCGAUCAAAAUUGGCGAAUUUAACGUGGGAGAAAUGGUGUAAUUUUGAUUUAGUGAGUAUGGCUGUAUGA